CUUCCACUCGGCUGCGCUCACAAAUAGAUCAGCUCAGCUUCACAGUUCUGGGCACGUAAAGGACGAGGCUCAUAAUGAGGAGGCUCAGUCGUAGCUUGCUGCCCAGCAGGAAGGACAGAAGAACCAGGAUCCGGCAUGUCGGACCAGUCGGCGUUUGAGACGGACGUAUGGACCCUGACCCGGUUUGUCAUCGAGACGGGGCGGCAGGCUAAAGGGGCGACGGGUGAGCUGACCCAGCUCAUCAACGCCAUGCUGACGGCCAUCAAAGCAAUUUCAUCUGCUGUGCGUAAGGCAGGCUUGGCCCACCUGCAGGGUCUGGCGGGCGCUGUGAACGUGACGGGGGACGACGUGAAGAAGCUGGACGUGCUGUCGAACGACCUGGUCAUCAACAUGCUGCGGGCCUCCUACAGCACCUGCUGCAUGGUGUCUGAGGAGAACAAGGAGCUCAUCGUCACCCCCCAGGAGAAGAGGGGGAAGUAUGUGGUCUGCUUCGACCCUCUGGACGGCUCCAGUAACAUCGACUGCUUGGCGUCCAUCGGCACCAUAUUCGCCAUCUACAAACGCAUCUCAGAGGGGGAGCCCACCGAGAAAGACGCCCUGCAGCAGGGCAACAACAUCGUGUGCGCCGGCUACGCCCUCUAUGGCAGCGCCACCCUGGUGGCCCUCAGCACGGGCGCCGGGGUCAACUUCUUCACGCUCGAUCCUGCCGUCGGCGAGUUCAUCCUGACUGAAAGGAGCGUGAGGAUCAAGCCCAAGGGGAAGAUCUACAGUCUGAACGAGGGCUACGCCAAGUACUUCCACCCCUCCAUCAAUGAAUACCUCAAACACAAGAAGUACCCCGAGGACGGCAGUUCGCCCUACGGAGCGCGAUAUGUGGGCUCGAUGGUCUCAGACAUUCACCGCACCAUCGCUUACGGAGGGAUCUUCAUGUAUCCGGCCAAUGAGAAGAGCCCAAAGGGAAAGCUGCGGCUGCUUUACGAGUGCAACCCCAUCGCCUUCAUCAUCGAGCAGGCCGGUGGGCUCGCCACCACGGGCACUCAGAGGAUACUGGACGUUCAGCCUGAAUCGCUCCACCAGCGGGUGCCCUUUGUCGUCGGCUCACCUGAUGACGUCAACGAGUACCUGUCCUUCGUCAAGAAGUUCUC